AUGCUUCACGCUGUCUCCAAAGAUGACGAGUACAUCGGCUACCGUAUCCCAAAGAAUUCUGUCAUCGUCACCAAUCAAUGGGGAUUGGAGCGCGAUGGGGAAAUUCACAAGGAUCCAGAAGCCUUCCGCCCUGAACGCUGGAUCAAAAACCCCGAUCUCCCGCUAGCUGGCUUCGGCUUCGGUCGUCGCAAGUUUCUCCAGCGAUCCUUGUACAUGGGACUGCCCCGUUGCCUGUGGGCUUACGACAUCCUGCCCCCAGCAGGCUUUGAUCGUAAGGCUAAACUGCUUAACAUUGCCUCCAAGGGAGGAACUUUCCUUUCUUUGGCCCCUUCUACCAAAGCGGUCUUCAAGAUCCGGAGUCCUAAACAUCGCGAGGUCGUCGAACAAAGUUGGCUCAAUAUUGAUAAGGAUGAGAAUCAAAUGUUUGCAGAUAUUGGAUCUAAGGUACGCAAAUAA